AUGUCAAUUAAAAAAUAUUCAAUUAGUGGUUCUUGUUGGUGGUCCUCCAACUACUGUCUUAUAAUGGAAUAUUGCCCGCACGGGCAGUUAUUUCAGUUUUUGAGGGAAAGUGAAAAUGUUUCAAACACAAAAUUUAUUAAAUGGAUUCAACAAAUAGCUUCUGGGAUGAAUUAUUUACACGAGAAUGGGAUUGUCCAUAGAGAUCUUAAAUCUCCAAAUAUAUUAGUUUCACACGACGAAAUCUUGAAAAUUUCAGAUUUCGAAGACUCCAAACAUUUUGACAAAAUCAAUAGCGUUAAAAUGUCUUUUACUGGCACUGCUGCUUGGAUGGCACCGGAAAUUAUUCGAAAUCAAGCUUGUUCAGAAAAAGUGGAUGUUUGGUCCUAUGGAAUAGUGAUAUGGGAACUUCUGACAUUAGAGAUUCCUUAUAGAAACUUAGACACCUCCGCUAUCAUUUGGGGAGUAGGUAAUGGAACUCUCUCAUUACCUAUACCCACGACAUGCUUUCCAGGGAUUAAGCUACUUUUGAUUCAAUGUUGGAAUAAUUUGCCUAGAAAUAGACCAUCCUUUAAACAGAUCCUAAUGCAUAUAGAUAUUGCUGCUAAUGAAAUUAAUCGCAUGAAUUCCACAGAAUAUCUAAAUUUACAAAAAUGCUGGAAAGAAGAGGUUAUCAAUUCAAGUUUAGAAAAUGAAUAUCUUAACAAAUCUAAAUUUAAACCGUUUGUCAUGUUAAAUCAACCAUAUAAUACGACGAAUAGUAAACCCUCGAUGCCCGAAAAAUCUAUCAUUUUCACGCAUAUCAACACAAAUGGUGAUAAAGACACAGAUUGGAUGAAUAUCAGAUAUAAAACCAGUUUACUACCAGGGCAUCGAACCCUAAAAUCACAUGCCAUGCUCAAUAAUAGAAGAAAAUGUAACUACGAAGAAAAUACGUUUUGGAACAAAUUAUUAUCGUCAUCAAGUGCUGAGAUUAAACAUAAUAAGUCAUCAAGUGCUGAGAUUAAACAUAAUAAUUGUGAUAAUGAAGGAUUAAGCUUAUUAUCUCAGACAAACACAAGGAACUACAUGGAUGAAAUAAAAUUCAUCGACGAAAACAAUGAUUGUAACUACCCUAAUAUUUUCAUUAAACCUCCACUAUUUAGUUCUUGUAAAAAUACAUUAAACAAAACAAGCAAAAAAGAUUUAGAAGAAGAGUACAGGAUAAAGCUCAAAAUGGCUAACCAAUUAUAUAAAGAGCUUAACGAAAUCAUGAAAUCUUUACACGAUAUAAAUUUGAACAUAAAGCAACGUAACGGGAAAGAAGAUUCAGGUGUAGAUCCAAAUUCCUCAACAAAUUUAAAUAAAAAGUUUACAUUUUAUAACGAACGCUCUAUUCAUUCUUCAUUAAAUAACUUAUUUAAUAAUAAAAACUGGUUUGACAAAAAGAAUGAUGACAAAUUCAUAUUAUCAUCCUCACCAACAAAUUUUGUUGCUAAUAUGAAUCGACCGAGCCUUGAUUUACAUAAAUUUGAUAAGCCCGAUAAAAAUUUUGUCAGCUCAAAAAGAUUAUCCCAAUCAGAAAUAUUUGUAUUUUCCCUAACUCCUUUGUCACAAAUAACGAGCCACUCUAACACUGCUCAAGAUCAAAUCCACCGUUCGUUAAGAUUUCGAAUACUUGAUAAUCCGAUUUUUGAAGGAAAUCCUAGUAACAAUUUAAAAUUAAGUUGUCCAGUCAAUAAACAUCAAAAUGGACUAACAAAUCGAUCCGUUUUUUCAGAGCCAGAAGAUAUAAACACAUUUAUAGGAGAUAGUAUUGAUAUUUGUGUCCCUAAGAGAAAAUUUGAAGUGAUGCCGUCAUAUAAUGUACUCCACCCUUAUAAAUGCAAAAUGGAUACAACUGAUGAUACUACCGAAUCUCGAUAUACGACUUCCGAUAAUAACAGUUCGUCACAUAUGAUAGUUGAAUCAAAUUUCCCGUUAAAUGAUGCUGAGGAUCUCACAAUAGACGAUCUUGUAUCGAAAGAGUCAAAUCCCGUCGCACAUCACGUGAGAACGUGUUGUAUCAAUAACAAAUAUAAUCCAAGCAUUAUAAGAUUUUCCAAUAUCAAUACGGCAACGCGCCAUCCAUGCAAUAUGACAAGUGCAGAAGCUAAAAAAACUAAAUUAUUUGGGAUAAAACGUUCCAAGCAUAAAAUCCCGAAAAUGAAUUUAUUAAAAAACCAUGACUAA